AUGACUAUACGUGAGCCAGUCGGCGUAUGCGGCAUCAUUACGCCGUGGAACUUUCCAGCGGCGAUGAUCACCAGGAAAGUCGGCCCAGCUCUCGCCGCCGGCUGCUCUGUCGUUAUUAAGCCGCCUAGCGAGACACCAUUCAGCUGCAUUGCCCUCACCAAGCUGGCUAUCAAGGCUGGCCUGCCUCCUGCAAUAAUCCAAGUUUGUCCCACGAAAGACCGUCAGGCGGCCACCGAGCUUGCUACAAACCCACUCGUUAAGAAGCUUAGUUUCACUGGCUCAACAGGCGUGGGGAAGAAGCUAGCCGGACUCGCGACAGGUACACUCAAGAAGGUCAGCCUCGAGCUAGGGGGAAAUGCGCCGUUCAUUGUCUUCGACGAUGCGAAUCUUGACAUGGCCGUGGAGGGUGCCAUGUUCUGUAAGUUCCGGUGCUCAGGGCAAACAUGUGUUUGUGCGAAUCGGCUCUUCGUGCAAAAGGGAGUGGCUAUGGCCUUCACCGAGAAACUGGUGAAAGCAGUGCAAGCGCUCAAGACGGGGCCGGGCCUGGACCCAUCUACCACCCAAGGCCCGUUGGUUAACAAGGCUGCUGUUGAAAAGGUCAAGGAACACGUUGAGGACGCGGUUUCUAAGGGUGCAAGGAUUGAGAUAGGUGGCAAGGCGUCCAUAACAAGCGGUUUCUUCUACGAUCCCACUGUUCUCUCCGGAGUGACCCCGGAGAUGGUGUUGAGUCAGGACGAGACAUUCGGGCCUCUCGCUCCAAUCUUUGAGUUCGAGACCGAGCAGGAAGUCAUACAGCUUGCUAAUGACACCGAGUUUGGCCUGGCUGGGUACUUCUUCUCGCAAGAUAUCGCGAGAUCCAUGCGAGUGGCCCAGAAACUCCAGGUCGGCAUGGUAGGCGUUAAUACUGGAAAGAUCAGUGCGGCCGAGGCCCCCUUUGGGGGCGUCAAGGAGAGUGGCUACGGUCAGAUCUUACGUGUCAAGUUUUCACCCUCUGGACUGCCACAAUUCUUCCUAGGAGAGUCUAUCAUGUCGCCGACUCAGAAUGGCGGCCGCAUACACAAGAUUGCCUCUAUCCCGGGAGAUGGAAUAGGGAUAGAGGUGAUAGAGCAGACGGUGAAGGUUCUCCGGGCCAUUGAAGAGCUUUUCAAGUCGUUCAUUCUAGAUAUAGAUACGCUGGAUUGGAGCUCCAAGCGGUAUCUAAAGCAAGGGGAAUAUAUCCCGGCGGAUGGAUGGCACAGGUUGAAGGGGAAAGACGCAAUCCUAUUUGGCGCUGUUGGCUCGCAUGAUGUUCCCGAUGAUAUCUCUCUAUGGAACCUAAUCCUCCCGAUUCGGAAGAAGCUAAACCAAUACAUCAACCUUCGUCCAAUCCGAAUUCUGCCAGGGCUCUCAGCUCCGUUGAAAAACUGCGCGGAUGACGAUUUGGACUGGAUCAUUGUACGAGAAAAUAGCGAGGGCGAGUACGCCGGCCAGGGCGGGACUACUCAUGAUGACACUCCAUACACCAUUGCCAAUGAGGUGGCCGUCUUCACCAGGGUUGGCAUUGAGCGCACUAUGCGUUUUGCUUUUGAGGUCGCGCGAGGACGGCCUCGGAAGAAGCUCACCCUGGUAACGAAAAGCAACGCCCAGCGACACGGCAUGGUCUUGUGGGACAAAAUCUUUUACGAGGUUGCAAAUGAGUACCCCGACGUGGAGACGGACAAGAUGCUCGUAGAUGCCAUGACAGUCCGGAUGGUGCUGAAACCCAAUACACUAGACACUAUCGUAGCUUCGAACCUCCACGGAGAUAUCCUGUCAGACCUGGCGGCCGCAUUGGCUGGUAGUAUUGGAGUAGCUGCUUCUAGCAACCUGGACCCGACGAGGAAGAACCCCAGUUUGUUCGAGCCGAUUCAUGGAAGUGCUCCGGACAUAGCUGGACAAGGAAUUGCAAAUCCUAUCGGCACGUUUUGGAGCGCGGCGGAGAUGCUCCGGUGGCUUGGGGAGGGCGCACCUGCGGAUCUCUUGAUGAAAGCCAUCGAGACCGUCACAGCCUCCGGAACCAAAACAAGGGAUUUAGGGGGGACAUGUACACUUUCUCAGGUUACUGAUGCGGUUAUUUUGGAGCUACAACGAUCAUUCAGUACUGGCGGAAUUGGUGUGUCAUAUUCGUAG